GCUUUUUGGACCACAGAGACUGCCUGGGCUGCAUCUAUCUAAGCUUUCUGUUCUUCCUUGGGCUGAGUUCACCCUUCUAUCCCAGCCAACAGGACCAUGUCCACCAGCCUGACCACUUGUGAGUGGAAGAAGGUCUUCUACGAGAAGAUGGAGGUGGCCAAGCCAGCGGACAGCUGGGAGCUCAUCAUAGACCCCACCCUCAAGCCCAAUGAGCUGGGCCCUGGCUGGAAGCAGUACCUGGAGCAACAUGCCUCAGGCAGGUUCCACUGUUCCUGGUGUUGGCACACAUGGCAAUCUGCCAAUGUCGUCAUUCUCUUCCACAUGCACCUGGACCGUGCCCAGCGUGUUGGCUCAGUGCGCAUGCGCGUGUUCAAGCAGCUGUGCUAUCAGUGCGGCACGUCGCGGCUGGACGAGUCCAGCAUGCUGGAGGAGAAUAUCGAGGGCCUGGUGGACAACCUCAUCACCAGUCUGCGCGAGCAGUGUUACGAUGAGGAUGGUGGCCAGUACCGCAUCCACGUAGCCAGCCGGCCAGACAGCGGAUUGCACCGCAGUGAGUUCUGCGAGGCCUGCCAGGAAGGCAUCGUGCACUGGAAGCCCAGCGAAAAGCUGCUGGAGGAGGAUGCCGCCUAUACCGAUGCCUCCAAGAAGAAGGGCCAGGCUGGUUUUAUCUCCAGCUUCUUCUCAUUUCGUUGGUGCCUGUUCUGGGGCACCCUCUGCCUGGUCAUUGUCUACCUGCAGUUCUUCCGAGGCCGCUCUGGCUUCCUUUAGUGGUAGGGGUGGGGAAAAGGGACUCAUGGGAUUGAAAAUGAGAAGGAUUUGGUCUCCUCCUGAGUCUGCUACGGGUUCUAUCUAUGACUCUGGUUAUCUGCACACUGCUCUCUAGUCUGCACUAGGAGAAACUUAGUGGUCCUUCCACUAAUUUAAUAGCAACGGAGGGAAAGUAGAAGGAAUAGGGAUUUGGAAGUUUGCUGGAGUUUAGUGAGUCUGAAAUCUGCAGCUGCCACCUCCAGCCUUUACUUUACAUUUCUAGCCUUAGGUCCCAUCUGGACACUGUCGCUUUCAGCUUUAUGUGCCCUGCAUGGUUCCCCUUGGAGGGAGCAGAGCCACCUCCAGCCUCCAUCGAAUACAUAGGGACAGCCUGCUUCUUCCAUUCUGAAAUGCUGAGGAUUUCACUCAGGCGCUAGGGCUGGGAUGAGGAUAGAGGUGGGGGGUGGUGGAAGUGGGGAUGGGCUGAGGGGGUUGGAAUGGUCAAGGGCGCAUUGUCCAAUGGAUUAGCUAUUGGCCAUAUGUGGCUGCUCUGAUUAAGAUUAAUUAAGAUGAAAUAAAAGUGUUCCUUAGUAGUUCCAAACUCAGUCAGGCUUAUACAGAAUUUGUCCCCAUAGAGGCCAUUGCUCAAUGGAAGACAAGGGUGACUUCUAGGAAGAUGAACACCAAGGGUUUGGGCAUCAAGUGCUCCCCAGAGGUCUUCCACCCUCUGCUUUGUCUACCCUGGGAACCCCUACGCAGCGCUGAACAACAGGACAGGAAAAACUAGGCGCCAGCUUGCAUCUCUUGCUAAAAUCUGUUUUGUGUCUAGAAAUAGUUUGCCAAAACUCUGUCAAGAAAAUAGGUCAUGUCUCAGAGGGUCAGUAAAGCCAGGGUGUCUGACCACCGCAUCCGAAGGAGGAAAUGCGGCUGAGGAUGGCUGUGAGGGCAAGGAAGCUAGAAUAGUUGGAGAGAAACGAGGCCGGGAAUAUCUCCAGAAGCCCAGUUUCCUCGAUAAACAGUGAUUUCUGCAUUUUCAUGUUAAAUUGGAGUGACUGGUCCCUGACUCGGGGUCCCUUCCCAACCCGCUGCAAUGAUUUUAUCUCCUCAGGAUUGAGGGAGUAGGUUAUAUUAGUUUCCAAGACUUGUUUCCUCUUUAGUCCAUGGAAAUCUCAUUUCUACAUCCCUAGAGCCAGCCUUCCAUACUUCACUACCAAAACAUUGGCUGCUUUUCUGUUUGUGUCUGCCACAUUUUAUAGUCCUCUUUCUGUAAUUGUUCUGUUCAUUGAAAACGUGGCUGUCACUCUAAUAUUUUCCUUACAUGUAUUCUGGUCAUAUUCAAAGAUAUAUCACCUCUUCUGACCCCCCCAGCAACUGGUUCUCUCUUCUCUGAAUGAUCCCUUUCCUGCUUUUGUAUCUAUGUUUAAAAGUCUCCUUUUUACACGUGAGGGAACACAAAUGAUAUUUUUCUCUUUUAGCCUAACUGAUUUAGCUUAACAUGAUCUCCAGUCCCACCCACUUCCCAGAAAGUGACAUUUUUAUUUUUCUUUAUAACCAAAUAUAUUCCAUUUUGUACACAUGACAUACUUUUUCAUCCAUUGAUCAAUCUGUUAAUGGGUAUAUCAUCUGAUUUCAUAACUUGGCUAUUGUAAAUAGUGUCAUAAUAAAUGCAGAUAUGUAGGUA